AUGCCUCACCCUCCCACGCCCCUUGCCGCCCUCCUGCGCCUCUCCAUCUCCCCAAUCCUGACCAGACUGCCCAAGACAUUCGUCCCCGACUCCCCACAUCCGCUUGUGGACACACAAAUGCCGGCCGCCGGCACAGCGCCACAAUUGCACACGUCCCUUACACACACCGUCCCAAUCGGGCACCCCUCUGGCCCCAACACGCUUCUCUGGCACCUCACAAGAUUGACGUCGCCGCAGCUGUACCGGUUCUUGUCAAAGCAUACGCCGUUGCCCUCGAUUGUCGUCGCGCAAAUGCACCGUGUCGACCCCCCGCUGCCUGACCCGCACAGUCGGUCAAAGUUGCAGGUCGAGUCGCAGGGCCGAGAUGCACAUACGCCGUUGAUGCAUUGUCGCCCACUUGUGCACGCAUUGCCGCACCGCCUGCAGUUCAGUGCAUCCGACGUCGUGUCGCGGCACACGCCCUCGCACCGCUCCACCCCAAGCCCCUCACACGGUUGCCCGCUGGGCGUUGCGCUGCUUGUCGAUGCGCUUGUUGACGUGACUGUCGUUGAAGACGCCGCCGACGUACCGGAUACGGAUGAGGCAAGAGACGACGAUGACACACUAUUGGUGAUGCUGCUGCUGCUACUGCUACUCAAACUAACCGACGCACUACUAACCGUCGACGAGCCUGAGCUACUACUAGUUGAAUCCGACAAUGAACUAAUGCUUGAUACCACAACCGACGAUGAUGAAGACGGGCUACUCGAAGACAUCAGAGAGCUCUCAGAAGUAGCAGAUGGACUGCUUGAAACGCUGAUCAAACUGCUCCUAGUACUGGAUGCACUACUCGGGGCAACUGACGAGCUGUUCGACGUUGCCGAAGGGCUGCUUGUCGGAACUACGCUUGUCCCGUUCGAACUGCUAGACGAACUGCUGGAUAAGCUGCUGGGAGAUGUUGAUGAGCCAGUACUAGACGCCACACUCGUGGCUGAAGACGACCCAAUCAAACUACUAGACGAGCUACCCGUUGAUACUGAUGCACUGCUAGUAGCCCUCACACUUCUGCUAACUGAGUUACUCGGCCUAGUCGACGGACCAACUUCGCUUCCAGUGCUAGAUAGACUGUUCAGACUUGUAGGCGAUGAGCUUGAUCCUGUCAUCGUAACACUCGAGCUACUAAAGUUGCUUGUCACGCUAGCCGAUGUACUAACCAAUGAGCUACUGCUUUCAGUCGAAGACGUGUCUGAGCUAGACAAGGAUGUCGUUGGACUCGACGAUGCGCUGCUAGUGCUGCUACUAGAUUGUGAGAAGGACGACAAAGCCGAACUAGAUAAUGAGCUGCUUGUGCUGCUAGAAGAAGCCAUACUCGACACCAUGCUGCUACUAGAUAACGUCGAAGACAACGAAGUCAAAGUAGACGACGCAGACGACACAGAGACACCCGGGCAAGACGCCUUGGUGGUCACGAUCGAAGUAAUUGUAGUCGUGGCUGUAUUCGUCACAACCUAG